AAAAAAAAAGAUUUGGAAGGGUAGGAGGGUAGGGUGGAAAGACGGAGGAAAAGGCAACUGAAACCUACUCCGGAUAUAGUCUUGUUACUCUUCACCGGGAACCCAUUUGAGGUAGGCCCUCAAGUUACAGAUGGGGAAACUAAGGCCCAGAGAGGUUAAAAUACUUUUACAAAAUCACACGGCUGGUCGAUGGCAGAAGCAGGAUUCAAACUGAGGCAGCCCAAGACAUUUUGCACCAGGACCUGUCGGCCAUGCUGUUGUCCACUCAUCCAACAAACAGCCGUGGAGUAUUGACUAACGCCAGCCCGUCUGAGGCUCCAAGAGUCGUACAUUUUAGAAGGUAAUUUAAGACAUGUACUGCUUAGGUUUGGAGGGAAAAAAAUAAACCUUCCUAACCACAGAUUAGUGUAUUAGGACUAGUAGCAAUCCCCACACUUUAUAUUUUCAUUCCACCUUGUUAGAAAAUGUUGAUCAAUGGUUGAAUACAGUUUAUUGUACAUCAUUCUUUAGGUCAGAAAUUUCUCGAGAUAAAAGCCUUUGCUUUCUAACAUCGACUAACGAAGAAAAUGUAUGUCACUGAAUGUGCAAACCUCUCAAUCUCUUUAUGUCCCCCUUCAGGGUCAGGGUCCAGGUCCGGGUCAGCGUUUCGCAUUUAGUCAGGGUUUGGUGUUCGGUUUUGGCCGGGUUAGGGUGGGUUAGGACUCGGGUCAUAGUUUUGGGUUGGUGCGGUUGGCAUCCGUGCUGGAAUUUCCUUUCUGGCUGUCACCGUGACCGUAACCUGAAUUCUGGUUCCACUGCUCUCCCCUGUCUAAUUAUCAGGGCUCUUUUCACCGCUGGCUCCAUUCAUUGCUCGCUCCUCCUGCUUAUCUCUCCUGUCCAAUCUGCAGAGCUCGCCACCUUCUUGUUCCGCCCUCUUCUCCCUAACAUCCAAUAGCAGCCUUCUCCGCAGUCCUUGCGCCUACCACUCCUGUCUCUUGCCCAAUCAGCAGGCUUUACCAAUGCUUACUCCGCCCACUUCUCUCUCUUGUCCAAUUGUCAGGGUCUGCUCAGUGCUCGCCCCACCUACUUCAUGCCCGUCCAAUUGCAGGAUCUCAGUGCUAGCCCCGCCCGCUUCUCGCUCCUAUCCAACCAGUAGAGACUCUACCAGUGCCCACCCUGCCCACUUCUCUUUCUUAUUCAAUGACAGGAUCUCCUAGUGCUCACUCCGCCCACUUCUCUCCCCCAUCCAAUCAGCGAGCUCUGCCAGUGCGUUGCGUUCCUGUCCUUGGGGGAGGGAGUCCGGGGUCUCUCGGGGAAACGGAAACGCAGGCUCAGAUGUGCGGGUCCAGUUUCGAGGCGACGCGGCCGAAGCGCUCUUCCGCCACACAGUGGUUUUGUGGGGCAAAGGCCGCGCGAUUCCGCAGGCCCUGACCCUGCAGGGACUCAGGAUGGCCCUGGGCGCUUUGUCCGGGUGGAGCAAGGGGUCGUGUGCGGGCGGCUGCGCAAAUGGCCCCGCCGGCACCGCGCGGGCCUGGGGAUGGGGGCAGCCUGGGGAGGCAGCGCCUGCGGGUGCCGCCCACGCCGAGCGCUCUCUGCCUCCCCGAGCACUCGCUGCGGACUCCAGGGCACCGUGCACCGAGUGCCAUCCCUGCUGUGCGCACAGGGGCUCGGCUGGGCUCCCGCUCCCUCUCUCGGUGGAAUGAGCUGUCAGAGCCGCCUCUGCGCACUCCCGUGCUCAAGGAAUGGAAGCUGGGCUCCAUGCCCCGGGAAAAGGGUGUUUGGCGCCACCAGCGACUGGCAAACCGGUUGCACACCUGCUCAGCUGUCAAGCUUAUCUGAAGGACAAGUCCCCCGACCCCCAAACAACAAAACCUCCAGCCUGGCUGGAAGGCGGAGCUGUGGCUGCUCAUUUGCAAUCCGAGGUCACUGUGUGGCAGGGCCAGAAGCUGAGCUGGAGACGAGGGCGUCGUGUGGCAAGAGGAGGGUUCAGUGAGUAUAUUUGAGAGGUGAACCAAGCACCAGGAUUUGGGGUGUCUUGGAUUAGUAGUAAUGGAUUGUUGGUUCAGACCAAAGACCUGCCAAGAAAGCAAGAAUAUUUGGAUGGCCCCGUGGCAACAGCCUUUUGCAGCCAGCAGGGCUGCUCUUGCUUGCUGGGAAGGAGACUGGCACCCGGACGGAGUCUCACUAAGCCUCCCCUCCCAUCUCAUCGCUUGCAGAGGGACGUGAGGAAAAGGGGCCUCCACAAUCCCCAGAGACAAUCCAAGGACCGUGGGAGCCGCUGGCCUUAGCCUCGGACUUUCCUGGAGCAGAGACAGUUUCAGAGCCACUGGCUGCCAGGUACUAUCAUCCCAUGGCCAUGGGACCAGCUCGUGAUCAGUUCCUCUCCCUCCUCAGAUGGAGACUGGAGCGUGGAGUGGGUGUGCCGGUGCCAGGGCCCCGACAUGGGGACAAGGUCAGACCCCAGGGACGGGGAAGCCACCAGCAAGGAGCCCACGUCAGGGACUGGGGUCGAGGGCUUCCUCUGACCCCACACUGCUCCUGCACCCUGACUCAUCACCUGAGUUCAUGUCUGUUUUGCAGAAUGGGACAGACUUCGAAGGAAACACAUGCAGGCCUGACACCUAAAGAGAAAGCCCGCUGUCCCUGUGGUUUAUUUCUAGUAUUUUGUCUGAUUGCUUUUCAGUGAGUCAGUGAUAGCCAAUGUCUUUAGUUCCUAGUACGUACCAGUGCUGUUUGAACACUCUCCCUGCGCUCUGUGCUCUUCCUAUGAUGAAGUGAAAAUUUCAUGUAAGGACAGGAAAAGUGUAUCCUGGCCAGCUGUGGGGCUGGAUCCACGUGGGGUCAGCCCAUGGCAUGUUUGGCCAUCACACCGUGCUCACUGCUGCUCCUUCUUUUCCUUGUACUGUUAUGACAUCAGCGUCUCUUCUGAGACCACCUGUGCCUGCUCAUAUUUAGGCCUGAUACUGCCCAGACAGGGUCCCCUCUCUUGUCCAAGGCUGGAGUGUAGUAGCGCUAUCACAGCUGACUGCAGCCUCAACCUUCCAGGCUGAAGUGAUCCUCCCACCUCAGCCUCCCACGUGGCUGAGACUACAGGUGCUUGCCAGUAUGCCCAACUAAUAUUUGGAAUUUUCGUAUACGUGGAUUCCAGAGGGGUGACAGCGAAACGUGGGACCAUCCAGUUGCAGGAAAACAAGCUUAACACGCCCACUGAUUCUACAUUAUGCUGCAGGACAAGUUCGAGCAUCUUAAAAUGAUUCAACAGGAGGAGAUAAGGAAGCUCGAGGAAGAGAAAAAACAACUGGAAGGAGAAAUCAUAGAUUUUUAUAAAAUGAAAGCUGCCUCUGAAGCACUGCAGACUCAGCUGAGCACCGAUACAAAGAAAGACAAACAUCUAACAAUUUGGACAAGACAGCAAAUGCUAUUGUCCAAGUUUUCUAAAGAAGAAUCUGAAGUGAAAUGACAUCAAGAGACCUAUCAAGACCUGUAUCCAGGAAAAGGUAAAUCUGAGCUGAAAUUGUAGCCCUUGUAAAUUACCUACGUGACAUACCAGAUAGUGUUCAUGAUCCAUUUAGUACUCUGUUCUAAAAAUGAGACAAUAUCCAUUUAUUCACUUGUUUAUUUAUUUAGUGUUUGUUCAGCCCUUACUGCAUAUUCCAGGCACUAUUCUGACUGUGGCAGGAGUAAACAAACAGGCAUGGUUCUUACUUGCAUGUAAUUACAGUCUUAUAGUGAAAACAAGUGUUAAACAACAAAAUCUCCCAAUUAUUUUAAAAUUAUAAACUUGAUUCGAUACUAUGUGGCCAUAUAAUUGUUCCUAAUUUGGUUAGAGAAGGGAGGCAGUUAGGGAAGCCUUCCCUGAGUUAGUGCCAUUUAACCUGAUUUAUGAUAGAUGAUAAGUCAUUUGUCAGGGGAAAAAUACUCCAGGAAUAAAGAACAGGUACAAAGGUCAAGUUCUGGGAAGAGCUUGUCUUGGUCCAGGAACUAAAAAAUGUUAGAGUGGCUGGAUCUGGGAAAGAGACAAAGAGUUAUUAAAUGAGGCAGCAGGCUUCAGCAGGUGCCACAUUGCUCAGGGCCUUGUAGGCCAUGCUAAGGAUUUGGGAUGCUAAUGUCGGUACAAACAAUUGAGUCAUAAGCAGAAAGUAAAAGCAUGAUUCCAUCAAAUGUUAUUCUCUAAACAGUAAUUUUAUUAAUACAGGUUAAAUGUGUGUGGUCCCAGCUACUCAGGAGGUCCCAGCUACUCAGUAUUCCUUUUCAACAAAUAUUAGGUGCCUACUAUUAGCCAGGUACAGCCCUUAGCUACUUUGAAUGAAGCAUAUAUUACAAACU